CAGUUUGCGGGAUCCCUUCUAGACACCUGCCGCACCUUGCCGGUUGAGAGGCAGAAACUCCCCAAAGAAAGACAUUAAAGACAUUAAAGAUGGACCGAGGAGACAAGCCCAGCGCUGGGAUCUGCAGGUUCUGUGGAGAAGCAUUCACUCUGCCUGAGGAUGAAGUAGACGGCAACCUCCCUCGAAUGCUUUUAUGUAGCCACAUCUACUGCACAUCUUGCCUGAUGUCCAUUCAAUGUGACGGUGCCAUUAGAUGUCCAGAGUGUGAGGUUGAGUCCACUCUUCCUGAAGCCGGGGUGUUUGGCCUGCAGGAAGAUAGCAGAAUCAUUGGCCUCAUCUACACUUCUAAAAUGAACAAGAUGAAAAGGUGUGAAAGAUCAAAGAAUCGCAAAAGGUACAACUUGUCACCAUCAACAGACAGCAGCCACGCCAGUACCGAGGAUGUAGAGCAGCCAGCUGAUAUGGGCAAGAUCAAGAAGGUGGUGGAUGAGGUGUUGGCCCGGGCUGCAGAAAAUCUUACCCUUCUGGACAACAUCCAUGAGACUCUGACAACCGGUCUGGCAGAACGGGUGAAGAGAGAGAGAGCUCGGCUGGAGGUUGAGAUCAAGCAAGCUGCAGACAAAGCUUUACAUGCUGUUCAAAAGUGGAAGGAUGUGCAGUUGAGUAAGCUGACACAACAACUGGAGGCCCAAUUCUCCACCAGCCAAUCAGAGGUGUGCUGUGUCCAGAAGAGGAUGAAGGCCCUGGAGAUUGCCAUGCAAAUAGCCAGAGAAGUCCGCCGUGUCCCCUUCCUGGAGCAGUACUGCACCCUGGAUAAGGUUCUGGAGACGUUGCAGGCUCCUGUGGAUAACCAGUCCCUCGAUAUGAAAUGCAUCACUAUGGGCUCCGGUUUGAGCUGUGUUUUCCUGUUAGAAAGUCUGAACCAGAGUCUGACUUUGUCUCUGAAGAUGGAAGUCGGCGACCCAAAGAUCUUGUCCGAGUCUCCACCCAAAGGCCACCAGCCGAGCAGCUCCAACAGGAAGUCCCCCUGGCAGAGUGCAAAGAGCAGGAACAGAAACUGUGUCUCACCGCUGCUCCCCAUCCUGCAGAAACCGGACGAGGAGAGCCCGGCAGCUAACAGUCCGUCAUCCCGAGGCUCCUCUCCAAGCCCGACGCUUCGUUCCAACCGGUCCAACCGUUCUCGCCAAAGCUCCGCCUCAGACCCUGGAUCUCCAGACGUGCUUGUCGAGGAGCUUUUAAUCGAGGGACAAGAGAAGAACGCUCUCCCUCUCACCGGUCCUGAGCUGGCUAAUGACAAAUGGAGAAUCCACAGGAGAAGGAAAAAUCAGUCGUUUGGCAAUAGGAGGAAUGUCACCCAGUGGGUGGUGGUAAGCCAUGUUGUGAAUCCAAGUCACUUCUACGUCCGCUACGUGGCCGAGAAGAGGGAAUUCGAGAUCCUAUCUAAGAAGAUCAACCACAUGUGCUGCAGAGACAGUUGUCGCUUCACUUCCAGAGACACAGUGGAGACCGGCUCCAUGAUCUUUGUGAAGUGGAGGGAGGGACUCUGGAGUCGGGCCACUGUGGUUGAAAUCUUGCAGAACGGAUGUGUGGAGGCGGUGAAAUCCUGCCCAGUGACCCAACUGGCCAACAUCCGAGUCUUCUUCCUCGACUGUGGCCUCGGCAGAACCCUCACCAUGCAGAGUGAGGACGAGACCACUGAGUCUUCAUUGAAGGCUGUGAACGGCCUCCUGAGGAAGGUGGGCGAGGAGCUGAAAGCGGAGCUGCGUUACUUUGUUCCUCAGGCCAUCAGAUGUUCACUCAAGGACCUGGUCCCCUACGACCUGACGAAGGGCUGGAGUAAAGAGGCUCGGGUUGAAUUCGUCAGUGUGGUUGGCUCUGCAGCGGUGGAGAUGAGGCCUUUGGGUCAGGACAGAGACUCUCUGUUGGUGGACCUGAGGAAAGCUCCCAUGGACCAGUCCAGUGAUCUGCCCAUCUCUGUCAGAGAGUACCUUGUCUUCAUUGAAGUGGCCAGAUAUUAUUCUCCAGUGAAGUUGGGCAGGAGGCCUCUGCUGUACUACCCUCCGAAAUAUCCCAAGAUCAACACCGAGCUCAACGCUGUGGUGUCGCACAUCAACGACCCUGCUGACUUCUACAUCCAGCUGGUUGAUAACAUGGAGUUCGUGUUGCUCUCAGCAAAGCUCCAGGAUUGUUACGAUGCGACGACAGUGACUGGAGAAGAUGACCUCAACAUCUACUGCCCCGUCAUAGAACAGGCCUGUGUGGCUCGCUAUGAGGACAAGUUGUGGUACAGAGCUCAGGUCAUAGGUCAUCCAGGGGGCAGAAAAGUGGAGGUGCGGUACGUUGACUUCGGCAAUAGGAAAAUCUUGUCAGUCAGCGACUUGAGGAAGAUCAAGGAUGAGUUCUUCGCCCUUCCUUCCAGGGCAAUCCACUGCCGUUUGUCAGAUGUGAUUCCUGUGGAUGGAGACACGUGGAGCGAGGCCUGCAGCAACCGAUUCAUCAGCCUGGCUCACCAGAAACUGGUCACCAUCGUGGCUACAGUAAAAGUCCCUAAGUCAGAGCCUCUGCCGGUCAAACUGUUUGAAAGCGGCCUGAACGGACCGCUAGACGACAUAGCUGAGCUGCUCGUCAAAGAGGAGCUGGCCUCCUUCAAAGAGGAGCGGGAUUCCUCCAAAGAGGGACUCAAGUCCACGGAUGGUGGUGAGGAGUCUGCCAUAUGGGAUUCUCCGCUUCAGCUCGGCUCGGCCACGGAGGGCGUCGAUGCCGCGGACCAAAAUGUCCCCGAGGAGCCGCUGGAGUUUCAGCCUCAGCUUCACCUCCCCGAUCAACUCAAAGACCUGAAAGUGAGAGUCAGCCACGUCAAGUCACCGAGCAGCUUCUACGUCCAGUUCUCCCAGUACGACUCUCAGCUCAAAAGGGUGUGUGAGAUGGUGAAGAAGGAGUCUGCGCUCAUAGAGCCCCAGGAUGUGGUGUGGAAGGCAGACAUGUACUGUGCUGCUCACAUUAACGGGGUUUGGGAGAGAGGACAGAUCUGCUCUGACGUCACAUCCAGCAACAUUGCAGAGGUGAUGCGCUGUGACCACGGCAGCACAGCGAAGCUCCACGUCAGCAACCUGCACCCCCUGUCAUCCUCCUUGACAGGCUCUCUGGCACUGGAGUGCACUCUCACAGACAUCAGGCCAGCAGGAGGCCGAUCCACCUGGACGGCUACAGCCUGCGACUUGAUCUCCUACUACCUGACCGGAGCCUCGGCUGUCGUGACCAUCAAGGAGGUGACAGAUGAGCGUCCGUGUCCCGUCACGCUGUUCUGCUCCAAUAAGAUGGGACAGUUCGUCAGCAUCGCAGACUUUCUGGUCAGCGAGGGCCUCGCCCUCAGGGAGAGAAAACCAAGAGAUGCUGUCGUUCAAAAAUCUAAAGAAAGUGAUGCCCAGUCUCCAGCGAGCGAGACCCAGACUGAUGGCUCUGAUGCUGAGAAAAAAGAAACUCCCCCAACUCCUUCCGUCAUCCCUCUCCCCGCCCCAUCUUCCCUCGUCGCCACUCCAAAACCAGCCCCCCGCACCAUCAUGUCUGCUGAGAAGGUGAAGACUCAGUUGUACGAGCCCCCAGAGCUGCCGUGCCUCGGUCACAUCCAGAUAAGUGUUUCUGCCAUCGGAGAGGACGGCCUCAUCUACACCAGAACACAGAACGCAGAGUGUCAGCUGGAGCAGCUCAGGGAGAGGAUCCAGCAGAGCAUGAGCACGUUGCCCAGACAGAAGCCCUACACCUGGAAGUCGGUCCAGGGCUGCGCCGUCAUCGGACCUGACAUGUUGUGGUAUCGAGGACAGCUGCUGGAGGUGCUGGGAGGACACGUUAAGGUCCAGUAUGUGGACUACGGCCUGGUGGAGAACAUCCCAGUGGUCCAUGUGUACCCGAUGCUGCUGUGUGACGAUGUUCCUCAGCUCUGUAUGCCCUGCCAGCUGCACAGCAUCAACCCUGUUGGUGGGAGGUGGCAGCGGGACGCGGUGGCUUUGCUGAGGGAGGUGUUGCUGAACCGCUGUGUGGACAUGCAAGUCAUGGAGAUGCCGGCGGACCGGAGGGGACCCCUCACCGUCGAGCUCUUCUUGGACGGCCUGAGCCUCAGCAGGAUCCUGUGUCACCACGAACACGCCACCGUGGACCGGACCGUCUCCACACAGAAGGGACACUCGGUGAUGUCUCCAGCCCUCCUCCUGGACGACUGGGACAUCGACACCAAGGAUCUGAGGGGCCCAAAGGAGCCGAUGCUGGGGCCCUUUAUCUACCCAAACCUGCCACAGGAGGGAGAGCAGUUUCAAGUCAGGGUCAAGCACCUGUGGACCCCCAACGAGCUGUUCCUGUGGCCUUUGGAGGGAACAGCUGACGUGGAGGUGGAUGGAGAGACGCUGGACGAGGCUCUGACCCGGAUCAAUGCCGACCUCAGUGGUCUGCAGAGACUCACCAACUUCCCUCGGGGCGGUCCGUGUCUGGCAGAGUACAGUGAUGGGAAGUUCUACCGGGCCAAGCUGAUCAAGUUCACCAGCGUGGAGCCCGUCAUGAUCCUGGUCCAACACGUCGACUUCGGCUCUGACGACACGCUGCCCACCAGCAAGCUGCGUCAGAUGUCGGCCGAGCUGCUGCGGUUUCCGUCGCGGGCGCUCAAGGUCAAAGUCGCCGGCUUCAAGGCUCCGAGUGUGAGCAGGCAGGAAGACGUGCUGCCAUACAGCCCCGGCUGGAGCGUGAGGGCGGCGAUGGACAUGAUCGACAUGCUGCACGGCAACAUCACCGCCUCUGUCGUGGCCCGGGAACCAGAGCUCACAGUGCUGCUGUACAACGAGGAUGAAGAGUUGGUCCAUCUUCCUCUGGUGAGCAGCGGACUGGCUGAGAUCGAGUGAAGCCGAGCAGAGACGACCCUUCAGGGUUCAGUUCAUGUUUACUGGCGGACGUCCUGUUUUCUCUUGAUUUCCCUCCUUUGUGCUGUUUGACUGCUGAUUUUAGUUUUUACAUGUUCACAGUGAUCCUGUACGGCAGCGUUUUAUUUGAAGUUUGUUGUGUUUCAGUGAGCCGUGUCGACGUGGCACUUUGUUUUCUAGUUAUUUGACUCCUGUGAGACGGCCGUGUCUGUGUGAUGAAGGUGCAGAUUAAACCUUCCAAUGCUGUCAAA